CAUCUUAGACUUCCUCACGCUCCGUUGCGAAGAGAUUCGUGCUGGUGACAAGGAAAAGGGUAUGCAAGUAGGUCAGAAGCUGGUUUAUCAGGGUGGAAUGGGUGUGGGUGUGGUUCAACGCGCGCGCACUACGGAUCUCAGCAGAUAGAAAAAGAAAUUUGCGCGACGCUCGUUGGAUGCGUCUGCCAGCCACCUGCUCUAGCAGAGGCGAGAGAGGAGACGCAUACAGCAACGGAAUGAAAAUCAGCAUACAUGCCGAGGGAUGUAUAGUAUUUUGCACGUACCAGACUCUGUACGGCCCCGACCGGCGACGUCGAGGUGAAUGUAUGCGCGAUCGUCGGCCCAGCGCUGUCGCACAGAAAGUGAAGGGUGCUGUCGUCGACUCGACGCGAUCACUGACGGCUGCCAGUGGACGGCGCACGUGCGAAGCCGCGGAUGCUCGGCGAGCUCGAACGAGCACAGUGUUGAUCGGGCAGAAGAUCGGUCUUUUCUAGUGUCACACGAAAGCAGGAGGGCAGAAGGACGAGGGAAAUGAUGAUGGUCUUGCUGAAAAGACAAGUGUACGCGCCGAUCAUGCGGGCACGCUGCGAAUCAGCAGGAGGAUAGAGAAGAGGGAGGAUGGCGAGGUGAUGUAGAGCCUUCUACGUGUAAGCAAAUAAAACGUAUGAAGUACGACCUGUCGCAUGGCAUCGAUGCGCGGCGUCGAGUACCGCCCACCGCCUGCUCUUGCACGCCUCGGCCGAAGUGCUGCGAAAGGAGUGCUAGCGAAGGGCAGUGUCGGUGGCGAAGACAAGUGCCAGGAGAUGGGAUCUCGCGGGGAGCAGCACGACCGCAGAGGAUCGCAGAGGGGAUCCGCGCUAACCCAGGCCUUAACGAGCCGGAUCGAGCGAGAUGUCGGCGUUGCCAAUCGCCGAGUCUGUCGAUGGGCGGAUCUGGUGCGAUCACGUUGCGGGGAAGAACAGAGGGCGAGGAUCCGCGCUGCUCUGAUUCGCAGGCUCCGCAUCGGCGGGGAGUGGAUCCAGCGUCCUGGAGAAGGGAGGAAAGACGCAGUGAUGGGCGGCAGGAUGGGGCCGCAUACGCAAUGGGGAGAUGCACACUUGAGAAUAACGAGGUCGGAGAUCUUGGAGGGUAUGCGAGGCCAGUAUCAAGGCGUACCAGUCAAUUAAACCCUACACUGAGAUCAUUCUGCCUUUCCAGCUCUCCCCAAGGUCCUUCCGCAUUCCUCGUUGAAGCAAUGUCCUUUAAGACAUCGCACCCUGCAGAGCACCCCUUGCCUCGCAAGAUUUUUUGUUCAAAGAUAGAUCAAAAGGGAUUCAGAGAAGAACAGAGCAUGGUUGCAGGUGCUCUGAACACAAGCAGGAGUGAGUGAGUAGGAGACGCCCGGUGGGAACCAAACUCUCUGGAGUCUUCUUCAAGGAGGCUUGGCCUCGGUCGUGCGGUUUAGUCGGACUGGCUCGAGGUUCGAAGAGCAGGCAAUAAGACAAGAGAGUCGAUAGCCC